CCUCUGGCGGGAUCCUCGGAAGAGCGGGUCCCGGCCGCGCAGCCGCGAGGCAGGAGGAGGGCGGGUGCUCGCGGCAGCCUUCGUUUCCGGAGGGGAAGCCGGGCCGGCUGAAGCGAUGGCGGCCGGAGGCAGCGAGGCCCGGGUCGCGGACGUGGAGGAGGACGCCUCGCAGCUCGUCUUCCCCAAAGAAUUUGAAACUGCUGAGACCCUUCUAAAUUCAGAAGUGCACAUGCUUCUUGAGCAUCGUAAACAACAGAAUGAGAGUGCUGAGGAUGAGCAGGAGCUCUCGGAAGUCUUCAUGAAAACUCUGAACUACACGGCUCGCUUCAGCCGCUUCAAAAACCGGGAGACCAUUGCCAGCGUCCGCAGUUUGUUGCUCCAGAAAAAGCUCCAUAAAUUUGAAUUGGCGUGUUUGGCUAAUCUGUGUCCUGAGACAGCUGAGGAGGCCAAGGCUUUGAUUCCCAGCUUAGAGGGCCGGUUUGAAGAUGAGGAGCUACAGCAGAUUCUUGAUGACAUUCAGACCAAACGAAGCUUCCAGUAUUAGGGCUAAUUACCAGCCCUUAUUAUGAAAGGAAAGAUCAGAGAAUUUCAGAUGUUUCUGUGCACACCAGACCAAUCUAGCUAACUCCAGGACAGAGCAAAGAGAGUUCUUGAUGCACACUACUUCAGCCUUGGGUCCCACACAGACAUGUUUAAACUGGGGACCACUCUUUGACUUGCUGAAUAUUGUAAACUUGACAAAGAUUCAUUUGUGGUGAGAGCCAUAGAAUCUUGGAAACUCCUGUCUAGGUGGUUUCAGUACCUGUUUCCUCCAACUUCCUGUCCCUGCCAUGGGAAUCUUUAAAGUGUUUUUGGUUACAGGGCCUAGAAUAAGCGUAGGUGUGAUUCUUCUUUCUUAUGAACUCCAGUUACUUAAGGUGGAGAAAUUUUGUGCCCAUUGAUUGUUGAAAAUCCUAGUAGUUUGUAGAAUCAGAACUGAAAAGAUUCUGAGUGUCUUUUGAAAUGUUUGUUCAAGAUAAUGUUUUUUUCUCCUUCAAUAGUGCAUCAUUGUUCAGUUUGAUUUAAAAUGUGAUGUUUCUUCUUAUGUUCCUAUAAUUUGUAAAUAUUAUCUGAUUCACUCCAACUUUAAUUAUUUAAGUCCUAUUGAGAAACACUUUGACCUGGACGGAGGGAAUAGUCUCUGGGGAGGGGAUUAUCCAAACAUCAGUUGUGAUUAUUACUACAAAUGAAUAUAAAUGAGCAGAAUUGUAUACACAUAUUUUGGGAGGGAGAGAAUAUGACACUCUUAUUAGGCUAUGAUUGGAAACUUGACAUCCAUAUCCAUAGUGUUGAAAGAUCAUGCUGCUUUAUAAUAGCUGCCUGAGUUACCUUGAGUGACACCUAUUGACUCAGCAGCAGUAACAUAACUUAUUCCUUUUAAUAUCAUUAUGUCUCCUGGAAUCUAAUAAACCAAACAUACCUUUCUGAUUAACCACAGUAACUUUAAUUGGGUCAGAAUUAUAAGAAAAGGUUACACAGGAGCGAGGUCCUGUAUUUUAUUAGCUACAUCCACCUCGUUUCAAUCUUAGAUUCAGUCUCCAGCUGCAGCUGUCAUCAAACAAACCUCUUAUACGCUGCCUCACAGGAGAUUUCUGUGACUGCCUCAAUGAAAUGAAAAUACCGAUCUUUUAAAAAACAAAUUGAGGUGUCUUAAUAAGAACUUAAUAUCAGAACCCUUACUUCCUAGCUUCAUUACUUUUGGUGGUAAAGAAGCACUAGCUAGAUUAUUUGGCUUCUUUGACUUGGUUUCUUUUAAAUUUGUCUGAUUAGUUGUGAUAGUUGUCUCUUGUUGAUAUUUAAAAAUAAGAUGGGAGGCUUUAGAGAAUAAAUCUAACAGCUUUAGUGAGCUGAACCUGAUCCCACAUUGCUUACAUCAUCCUCUGCUAAUAGACUGAUAACUACCAAACAUUGAAAUCCAUAAUAAAUUACAGCUACCACUUUUCAAAGAAGAUCAAAAGCAAUAAAACAGACAAGAUGGUGGGAAGAAGGCCUCUUAGACCAAUAAAACCUCUGUGAACUGCUAUUGUAUGAUAGAACUGAACAUGUAAUAAAGGGGUUGCUAAUACUGUAUAGUAAGGGUGUUCUCAAAAUAUGAAAAUUAUUCAGGGCUAUUUUA